UGCGGGCGGCGGGCAGCGCAGAGUGCGAGGCUCUUUUGUUCGGCUGAGGGGAGGGCCGUCGGCCGGGCCUGCGGUACGCCGCUUCAGCGAGGGGCUUGACUGCGGCCACCGGGCUUGUUGCUUUCCUGGGUGCCACUUCCUCGACCUACCCGACGCGACGCGCCAGUAGCGCGGCACCGAUUCCUCUCGGACUCUUGGGCGCUGCUCUUAGCAGCGUCACCCUUUACACCAGAAAGCUGGCGGGCACUAUGGGGAAAAAACAAAACAAGAAGAAAGUGGAGGAGGUGCUAGAAGAAGAGGAAGAGGAAUACGUGGUGGAGAAAGUUCUUGACCGGCGAGUUGUAAAGGGCAAAGUGGAGUACCUGCUAAAGUGGAAGGGUUUCUCAGAUGAGGACAAUACAUGGGAGCCUGAAGAGAACCUGGAUUGCCCCGACCUCAUUGCUGAGUUUCUCCAGUCACAGAAAACAGCACACGAGACAGAUAAGUCAGAAGGUGGCAAGCGCAAAGCCGAUUCUGAUUCUGAAGAUAAGGGAGAGGAAAGCAAACCAAAGAAGAAGAAAGAAGAGUCGGAAAAGCCACGAGGCUUUGCCCGGGGUUUGGAGCCGGAGCGGAUUAUUGGCGCUACAGACUCCAGUGGAGAGCUCAUGUUCCUGAUGAAAUGGAAAAACUCUGAUGAGGCUGACCUGGUCCCUGCCAAGGAAGCCAAUGUCAAGUGCCCACAGGUUGUCAUAUCUUUCUAUGAGGAAAGGCUGACGUGGCAUUCCUACCCCUCAGAGGAUGACGACAAAAAAGACGACAAGAAUUAACUCUCCUUAGUACCAGCCCCUGUCACCUCUGACUGUGGGUUUCAAGUAGGGAGGAGGGAGUUCUACUUAUUUUGACACCAUAAAGGUGGCUUGAGAAGAUGUCCUUUGAAGAGCCAGUAUAGUUUCUGUGCCCUGCAGCAGCUCAAGUGCUUUAAAGCCGUUUCAAGCUGUAUAGUUUGCACACCCAUCCCAGUGGAGGGGAAAGGGUUAAGUGUUUCAAGGCAACCCAUUCUGCACUUUGCUGAGAAAGGCAAAGGGCCUUCUAUGAAGGAUAAAACUUGCAGAACUGGGUGUGGGAGAGCAAAAGAUACUGUUGAUCUUCAAAGAGCAUCUCCACAACCCACAGCCUUCUUCCCAAUAGUGUUAACUGCAUUUUUACAGCGUAGCAUGUGUGUAGUUUUUGACUAUUACUGGUGUAUGUUUUGGGUGUGGGAGGGAUGGGGCAGGGAGGGAGAUGGGUAGGAUCAUUUUGGUUAAAAUUUGGGACCUGAUUGGGGAGAUGUUAAAACAGUGGAAAGAACAACUAAUGAUUUGGUUCCAUGUCCACAAUAUUUUACCUUUUCAAAAAAGUCACUGGCACCAUGAAUGAGGACUGUGAGAGACUGCUUCAAAGCUGUGAAUGCCAAGAUGUUCCCUGCCUCAGUUUAAUAUUGUUGCCUAAGGACUAAGCCUACGUUACCAAAGCUGCCAUUUGGGAGAUGGCAACUGACUGAGGAGGGAGAAGUCUUAUUUGAGAGUAUAUACAGGCAGACCAUUCUGUCUUAGAGGUGCUAAUUCUUGAAAUUAAACAGAAGACCUUUUUCCAACUAAUGAAGUUAUAAAUAUGUUAAUUUGUCCAUCCCAAGCCACUGGCUUGAGGUGUUUUGGGAGGGGCUGAGGGGGAUAUAGGAGUGAGAAUAGGAGAGCUCGUGCUUAGGGUAGAAACUCUUGGAUUCUCUGUUUUUUUAACUUUGAACCCUGAGACCAUUAGUGGCAGGGUUCAGUCACAGCACAAAUUUCAUUGAGUCAAUUCAAGGGUGGAAUUAUUUCAGAAGCCCUGGUCUCAGGAGAUUAUUUUUCAUCAUGGGGCAGUGGUUCCCUUGAAAACAUAAAAUCUUUUUAAGAAUUAAUUUACCCAAUACCCAAAAUGCUUUUGCAUUUUGUUUUUGAGGCAGGGUCUUUAUAUGUAGCCCAGGCUGGCCUUGAACUCUCAAUCCUCCUGCCACAGCCUCCCAAGUGCUGGGAUUACAGAUGUGUACCACCACAUCCAGCUAAAAUGCUCUGUCUUGAAUCAUGAGCUCCAUCAGUCAGUUCUUGACAUCAUCUAGACCUGCAUCUAGAUCUCCAUUGUAAAAUCUUUUUAGGCAUGUGUUAGAUAUCUGUGAAAAUUUUGUUUAAAUGUAAACUUCAUACCAUACUGUCAGUUUUUGUCUUAAUAAAACUAUAGAUUUAUAAUCCUGGAUUUCUUAUCUUUUUUUGAGAUAACGUCUUGCUCUGUUGCUUGGGCUAGCCUUAAAAUUUUAAUCUUCCUAUCUUAGUCUCCCCAGUGCUGGGGUUUGAAAUAAAUAUAAAUAGGCAAAACACAUCUAAAAUCGACUUCAGGAACUAUUUAAGACAACACUUGUCUAGGCAGUGCAAAAACGUGUUUAUUGGAUGGCUUCCAUGAAACUGCAGCAUCAUAGACCUCUAGCCCAGGAGGUAAAGAGGAAAUAACAGUUAUACUAUGAGGAAAGGUGAGCUGACCAAUACGGUGACAUAAGAAUCUUUUCUAUGUAGCCUAGGCUGUCCUUGAACUCUUGAUCCUCCUGCCUCAGCCUCUCAAAUGCUAGAAUUACAGGCAUACACCAUCACAUUUUGAACACUUAUUUUCAGAUAUAUUCCAGAACUCAGUUCCAAGAUAGUUAGAUUCAGCUCAGUUUGAUUUAGCCAUGUGGUGUUUGUGUGUGCCUAGCACAUCUUUAUAGACUUUGGCCUGUGGCAUUGGGAAUCUGCAUUAUAGAGCAAUUAUUUCUCUCACAGUAAAAAGGAAAAUGAGGAAAUUGCUACUCCAAAAUAAUUUGCUACUAGAAUUCUGAAAUCCACAUCUGGCUGUGUCUGCAAUAGCUCCAGAUAUUGAACUGUGGAGGUACAAAUAAUCCAGAUCGCAAAUGCGCCUUUUCACAACGACCUUCAUUUAAAACUUAGAACUGACGGGGUGCAAGCAAAUCUAAGCUCAGGGUUUUCUCCUCUCCAGAAGUUGAGAUACGAGGAGUCACUUAAUGGGUAAUUCAUGAAAAAUGCAUCAUUGGGUGAUUUCAUAGGUGGGUAAGCAUCAUAGAGUAUAUUUAGACAAACCUAGAGGACAGAGUCUGCUACACAGGUAGGUACAGUAUAUACUGUUGGACGUGUGAUCCAUCAUUGACAAAUGCAGUUGUUAUGUGAGGCAUGAUUACACAAAUACCAGCAUUUAGCUUAGUAAAUCUCGACUUUUGGCUUAGGCAACAGUUGUCAGGUUGAGGCAUUCUAGUAUUUUGGUGGUGAUUAAGUUUGUUUGAAGGAGUUUAAGAUGCUAAGACAACCAACCAUCAGUCUUUGGAUAUGCACAUUACCUUGGUUUGGCUAUGCACAGAACAGGUUUUCUCCAGGUUAACUGCUUCCGUAUCCCCUGUCCAGCAUGUUAAGUUUAAAGUUGCUCAUCUCUCUUAACAUGCAUAACUUAAGCCUUGGCUUUGUAAAGUUCCUUGUUGGAUGUGAAAGCCAAGGAGAUAACAUCCUUUUGGGAUAAAAAGCAUAGCUGGCCAUACUUGGCGGGGAGGGGGCAAGCAGAGGGGUCUACUUGCUUAGGUAGGCAAGGCUGAACAUUGAGUUUAGAGUAUGUAAUGUCAGUUCUGCUUCUAGUUUUUAACAGCAGGGGGUGGGGGGGUCUUGCAUUCUGAUCUGAUUUAUACGAUGGCUUAUAUGGUACCAAAGCCACUCCUUUACCCCAAAUGGGUUUUUAAAUCUUCAGUUGACUUUGACCAAGCCUGCCUUGUCUCUUGUUUGUAUAGCCUGAGGUCAAGGAGGACAACUCUUCAGGCCUGGCUCUGGGACAAUAAUAAUAGCCCAUUGUUGCAAUUACUGCUUUAGCCCCUAGUGUAGGACAAACAUGUUUAAAACAAAAGACAGAGUGCCAACUCCUUUCCUUAGUUGAAAUAGUAUCUGGAAUUAGUAAAAAGUACUCCAUUCUGCAGCUUAAAUUAGGCUGGAAAAGAACUAGUUGAGAAACUUUGGUGGUAGUUUGUAUACUCAAAAAGCAAAAUACAGGCUAGGACGUGGUGGUAUGUGCCUAUAGUCCUACCAGGCUGAGGCAGAAAGAUCACCGGAGCUCGUUACUUCAAGACCAGCCUGGGCAACAUAGCAAGACUCAAAAAAAGGCAAAUGAAAGCUUUCAUCCAGGUGACUUUGAAAUCACUCUUCAGCAAGGUUCCAUGUUCUUACUCCUUUUGAGACAAUUUUGUGCACUAGGCUCUCCCAUUUCAGGCAAACAACUUUCAAACAAACUCAGGACAGAACAAGGACUACAACUCAACACUGCUAAGUUUCACAUGUAUUCCCAAGGUCCCCAAAUGCUCAUUCUCCACUGCAAAAUUCAAAACUAGAGGCAAGAAUGAUGACUGACUUCUGUAUGAGAAGAAAAUAAAGGUAAAAUGGUGGGGGUUCUUGGUACACCUACAAAAUGACAAGUCAAAGGUUUGUGGAGGUCUUUUCCCUUACCAGAUGGAUCAGCAACAGGAAAACAAGACUUAACCAUAUGUGGUUCUACUACAGAAUUUACACAUAGCCAAGCAAAUGAGUUCUAGAGAGGCAGACACCAGCCUAGUACCUGUUUGUGUAUGGAUAGCAUCAACAUGGAAACAGACCAGGUAGUACCCUAAACUAUCAUCUUAUUUAUUUGGAGCUUCCGAAGUUGCCCAUGAUCAGUGCCCACAAAAUAAGACAGGAGUCUUGAGGUUAGCAGGGACAUCUUUUCUACAGGGCACUUAUUCCAGCUAUUUGCCAGACAAGCCUUAAUCACAAAGGUGUGGUUUAAGUGGAAGUUGCAAAAGGAAUGAGGUCAGCUGGAGGAAGGAAUGGCUCCAAAAAAUCCAGAGGAAUUGACUGGUUAUCUAGUAAGGGUGACAGUCAGCCAUGAAGGCAGGCCUUGAUGACACAAGCAUGUAUCCCUCUCAGAGUUGUUAUGUCUGUUUUUCUGUUUAGGACAGGGUCUCAGGUAGGUAGCCCAGGCUGCCCUCAAACUUGCCAUCUUCUUGCCUCAGCCUUCCUAGUGCUGGAAUUAUGGGAGGAGGGGGAUGGGAGAGUAUCACCACACUGAGCUAGUUGUUUCCAUUGUUAACUCAAAUAGCACUCCAUUAAUGAGAUCCAUGCAAGGCAAUUUGAUACAGUGGGUUGGUCUGUUUUCCAUCACCUCACAAGAUGUAUGGAAAAAAAUAAUUUUAAAUGAAGUUUAGUGUGGGCACCAGUGGCUCAUGCCUGUAGUCUUGGCUACUCAGGAGUCAGAAAUCAGGA